AUGCAUUUUGAAUUUAAAAAAAUUGAUAUAAACUUUGAGAAGGAAAAAGAGAAUUUACCGGAAGCAUUAAGUAAGUUCAAAGAAGCUAUUAGAAUUAAUCCAAAUAAUGCUGAAGCAUACAAUGGCAUAGGACUUAUCUUCUUUAAUGAAAAGAGAUAUGAAGAUGCAUUAGAACAAUUUAACGAUUCAGUUAGAAUCAAUCCAAACAAUGCAAUUUAUUAUAUGAAUAAAGGAAAAGCUCUUAGAGAGUUAGGGAGAAGAGAAGAAGCUAUGGAAUGAUAUAAAGAAGCUAUCAGAAUUGAUCCAAAUAAUGCUAAAACAUACAAUGACAUAGGAGAUAUCUUCUAUAAUGAAGAGAGAUAUGAAGAAGCAAUAAAACAUUACAAUGAUGCAAUUAGAAUCGAUCCAAACAAUGCAAUUUAUUAUUUAAAUAAAGGAAUGGCUCUUGAAGAGUUAGAGAGAAGAGAAGAAGCUAUGGAAUGCUAUAAAGAAGCUAUCAGAAUUGAUCCAAAUGAUGCUAAAACAUACAAUGACAUAGGAGAUAUCUUCUAUAAUGAAGAGAGAUAUGAAGAAGCAAUAAAACAUUACAAUGAUGCAGUUAGAAUCGAUCCAAACAAUGCAAGUUAUUAUUUAAAUAAAGGAAAUGCUCUAGAUGGGUUAGGCAGAAGAGAAGAAGCUAUGGAAUGCUAUAAAGAAGCUAUCAGAAUUGAUCCAAAUAAUGCUGAUGCAUACAAUGACAUAGGAACUAUCUUCUUUAAUGAAGAGAGAUAUGAAGAAGCAAUAAAACAUUACAAUGAUGCAGUUAGAAUCGAUCCAAACAAUGCAAGUUAUUAUUUAAAUAAAGGAAUUGCUCUAUAUGAGUUAGGGAGAAGAAAAGAAGCUAUGGAAUGCUGUAACAAAGCAAAGAGUUUAUAA